AGCCGCUUUAGCUCAAGAUCGGAUCCAGUUUUUUGCCCCCGCGUGAUCGCAGGCGCCCGGUGGCCACGAUGGCCCUGAAGCGCAUUCAGAAGGAGCUCGCGGACCUGGGCAAUGAUCCGCCUGCGAACUGCUCGGCGGGACCAGUCGGAGACGACCUGUUCAACUGGCAGGCCACCAUCAUGGGCCCUCCCGACUCGGCGUACACGGGCGGCGUGUUCUUUUUGAACAUUAGCUUCCCCUCCGAUUACCCGUUCAAGCCCCCGAAGGUCCACUUCACGACGAAGAUUUACCACUGCAACGUCAACUCCAACGGCGCCAUCUGCCUCGACAUCCUGAAGGACCAGUGGAGCCCGGCCCUGACCAUCUCGAAGGUGCUGCUCUCCGUCUCGUCGCUGCUCACAGACCCGAACCCGAACGACCCCCUGGUGCCGGAGAUCGCCCAGUCGUACCUGAAGGACCGCGCGAACACGACCAGACGGCCCGCGAGUGGGUGCAGAAGUACGCCACCUAAGGGGCCUUGCACGCCAGCCUUCGCUGCCCGCGGGCCCCGCGGGGGGGGGGGUCGUGGCAGGUCGUAGGCACACAGCGGGCCACAGAGGGCUUCUGGUCCCACCGCCGUGCGCCCGCUUGCCCGCAUGCACACCUCAUCCUCUGUCUGUCUGUCUGUCUCUCUCUCUCUCUCUCGCUCGUCCUCCCUUUCGUCUCACCACCGCCUCCCCAUGCAUCGCGCGCGGCGAGGCGUCGCACAGUGCCACGAAUUCGGCAAAUACCACUCAAGUCAACAUCCAGAUACUCCAGACGUCGACAUCAACAGAAGAGCGGUGAAGAAAAAGGACACCCCGACCCUCUGAGGCUCCCAGAGUCACGGCAAGUUGGGGAUGGAUAGGGGAACAAAAAAUGACAUAAACAUA